CAGUGAAAACAGUGCGACUGAAACCCUUGGAACGAGAUGCGAUCUGUACUGCCGUCGGUGGGAUUUCUGCUGCUCCUGGCUCUGCUGCUCGGCUCCUCGUGCACUGAAUCCGGCAGGGUGAUAUAUUUCAAUCAACUGAACACCACCCAAGCCCAGGAGGCGGCCAAUAACAACACCCAUGCCCUGGGCAAGGGAAUGCUCCUCGAUGUUCGUGGAAAUCGCUGCCCACGCGGAUUCGUUCGCGAUCAUCAUGGGCGUUGCAGAAGGCGUGUCUAAAUUUGGACUCCCCCACUGGGCAAAGUUAAAUUUAAAUGCGUGUUUAUUUUUAAGUCUGUUUGCCUCGCCAGAUUAAAACUGUCUACGGAUCUUGUAAAAACGAUAUGACAGAUAACAGCAAAUAGUAUUUGUUUUUGCUUGGCAACAGCAUCUUAAGAUAAGAUUAUAACUUCGUUCAUAUGGCUACUUUCUUAAAUGUAUAAGUAAUUGGACAGAAAACCAAUAAUUAAUUUAAUAUUUAAUCCUUUAUAGCAAUAUACAAAUAUGAAAACAUAAUAUAAUCGUUAAGAAAAGUA